AUGGCAUCAACGCUGACAGUGACAGGUGCGGUGUCUGUAACCACACAGUCACCAGCAUCCCCAGCUCAGACCUCCAUGGCAUCAACGCUGACAGUGACAGCUACUUCAACAAUGGCUACUAUGGCUGCUGCCUCCACUACUGCCCAGACAGCUGCCUCCACUACUGCCCCGACAGCUGCCCCUACAGCUUCUGCUACAACAGCUCUUGCCACAACAGCAUUAAAUACUGAUGAAGCAAGUGGAGAUGAGGGCAGCAUCACUCUGUCUUUUAGUCUUCAGCGAACAUUCAGUUCCGAUCUUCUCGAUACAACUUCAUCUGCAUUCACAGCACUGGAAUCAGAAGUGCUGUCUGACUUGAAUACAGUUUAUAAAGCAGCAUUUCCAAGCAGCUUCAGUCGCUCCAGGAUCACAGGCUUCUCGAGUGGGUCAGUUGUUGUUGGUUCACAGCUUGUGUUUACAAGCACAAGUUCAGUUCCACAAACCAGCAACGUUGAAUCUGCUUUGAGAAACUCAUCUACCCUGAUCAUAGUGUCGAGUACCAUCAGUGCAACUGCUUCUACAACGGCUACUACGGCUGCUGCAUCAACUCCGAUGACUACAACAUCAAUAUCAACAUCAACAUUAGAAUCUACAUCAGCAGCUCAGACCUCUCUGGCAUCAACGCUGACAGUGACAGAACCAACAUCAACACAGCCUUCUCCAGUCACAGCAGCACCUGUGCCUGAUCAACAGAUUAAAUUGGAAUUCAGGCUCCAACAGACCUUCACACCAAACCUGACGAACCCCGCCUCGACAGAAUUUAAGAGCUUAGCUACAAAAGUUUCAACCGUGUUGAACAGAAUCUACUCUGAUAAGUUUGGCUCCCGAUUCGUACGCACACAAAUCAAUGGCUUCAGACGAGGAUCAGUUGUUGUGGAUUCUGUCCUGAUAUUCAAUGACACAAACAAUGUUCCGGACACUGCAAACGUGACCUCCACGCUGGAAGAAGCAAUUGCUACCAACAGUUCAGAUGUUGCUGAACUUGCCAUCAAUGGCAGCAGUAUAGUUGCUGAACGUGUGGUGUCUGUAACCACACAGUCACCAGCAUCCCCAGCUCAGACCUCCAUGGCAUCAACGCUGACAGUGACAGCUACUUCAACAAUGGCUACUAUGGCUGCUGCCUCCACUACUGCCCAGACAGCUGCCUCCACUACUGCCCCGACAGCUGCCCCUACAGCUUCUGCUACAACAGCUCUUGCAACAACAGCAUUAAAUACUGAUGAAGCAAGUGGAGAUGAGGGCAGCAUCACUCUGUCUUUUAGUCUUAAUCGAACAUUCAGUUCCGAUCUUCUCGAUACAACUUCAACUGCAUUCACAGCACUGGAAUCAGAAGUGCUGUCUGACUUGAAUACAGUUUAUAAAGCAGCAUUUCCAAGCAGCUUCAGUCGCUCCAGGAUCACAGGCUUCUCGAGUGGGUCAGUUGUUGUUGGUUCACAGCUUGUGUUUACAAGCACAAGUUCAGUUCCACAAACCAGCAACGUUGAAUCUGCUUUGAGAAACUCAUCUACCCUGAUCAUAGUGUCGAGUACCAUCAGUGCAACUGCUUCUACAACGGCUACUACGGCUGCUGCAUCAACUCCGAUGACUACAACAUCAAUAUCAACAUCAACAUUAGAAUCUACAUCAGCAGCUCAGACCUCUCUGGCAUCAACGCUGACAGUGACAGGUAAGUGUUAUGAAGCCAUUCAUUAGUUGGUUACUGUCUUUCACUGACAACUCAAGUGCAGCCUAGUAUCCCCACAGCACAUCUACACAGUUUUACAAUGGAUCAAAUUUACAGUGCAGUGUAAACUGUUUACCCGUUACAUAUAAAUGCAGAGCAGUCACAGGACCCAGAGAGUUCCAUGUAAUGGAUAUCCAUCCAAUCACAGAACUACCACCAUACGUAACAGUUGGUAGCCAAUACCAAGGAUUGAAAGCCUCC